CCCGCUUCCGAGAAAGCACCCAACGCAUUCUCCGCUUUUCUCCAAUUUCACUCCACUCCCUUGCUAAGACGCCGCGCCUCCUCCGUUGUCGUCGAAAUCGAAACGGAGAGAACAGAAACAGAGGAGGCAUUUUCCGGCGACGAAAACAGAGCUAUAGCUUUUUAAAGGUAAGAACCUGCCUGUUAAAUUACAAUGGUCGACGUCGACCGGAGAAUGGCCGGUCUGAAUCCGGCACACAUAGCGGGCCUGCGUCGCCUCUCUGCUCGAGCCGCCGCGCCAUCUACUCCUGCUUCUCUUCCGGUGCGCAAUAGCCUCCUGUCUUUCAGUUCGCUUGCUGAGAAGGUGAUUAUCCAUUUACGCAAUUCAGGUAUCCAGGUUCAGCCGGGUCUAUCGGAUGCAGAGUUUGCUCGAGCAGAAGCUGAGUUCGGGUUCGUUUUCCCGCCGGACCUUAGGGCCAUUCUAUCGGCCGGGUUGCCGGUGGGUCCGGGCUUCCCCGACUGGAGAGCUACUGGCGCGCGUUUGCAUCUUCGCGCCUCCCUGGAUCUCCCCAUCGCUGCAAUCUCGUUUCAGAUUGCGCGCAACACUUUCUGGUCCAAAUCCUGGGGGCCGAGACCGUCGGACCCGGAAAAGGCCUUACGGGUGGCGAGAAAUGCGCUCAAGAGAGCACCCCUUUUGAUUCCCAUUUUCAACCACUGCUACAUCCCUUGUAACCCGUCUUUAGCUGGGAACCCCAUUUUCUUCAUCGAUGAGGCCCGGAUUUUCUGUUGCGGUUAUGAUAUAUCCGAUUUCUUUGAGCGAGAAUCUUUGUUCCGGUGUUCGGAAACCGACCCGGAGUUGCUCAAGAAGCAGAGAUCUGUUAGUGAAAGAUCAGCUGGGUCAUCUUCCAAUUUCUCAAGAAGAAGCUUGGAUACAGGUAUUGUAGCUGGAUCGAGAACCCCAAGAUGGGUCGAGUUCUGGAGCGACGCUGCCGUUGAUCGGCGCCGGAGAAACUCAUCCUGGUCUUCGAGUUCCUCGCCGGAGAGGUACUUCGAGAUGCCGAGAUCCGAAAUUCCCAAAUGGGUCCAUGAAUACAUUGAACAAAUCGGGUCGGUUCUGAGAGAGGGUGGGUGGGACGAGACCGAUAUAUCGGACAUCGUCAACGUCUCAGCUUCAGGAUUUUUCGGAGACGAAAUGGUUUUGCUGGACAAUCAAGCCGUCCUCGAUGCGCUUCUUCUCAAAGCCGAUCGGUUCUCAGAAUCUCUCCGGAAAGCCGGUUGGAGCUGCGAAGAGGUCUCGGAGGCUUUAGGGUUUGAUUUCAGACCGGAGAAGGAGAGAAAACCGGCGAAGAAGUUAUCACCUGAACUCGUCGAAAAAAUGGGAAAACUGGCCGAAUCGGUUUCCCGGUGAUAGUACGUCGAGAUUCCUUUCUCUUUUCUUUUUAUUUUUUAUUUUUUUUAAAAAAAAUUUCUCAAAUCCUCGGAUUUGGGUUUUUCCCUAUUUUACAUAGGAUAUUUUAAAAAUUACGGGGAAAACGCGUUGUAGUAUACGAAGA